AUGAGUGAUCUUGCGGAGCGAGGCGCUACAGCUUCAGAUGCCUCCUCAUCUUCCUCCUCCUCCUCCUCAUCUAGUCUGGGAGGUUUCGUGGAUUUCGCUUUCACCCAGGAGCCUCAGGACGCGGUGACGGUGCGAGGCGGCGUGCUGCAGCUCGACUGCCAGGCGCGCUCGGACACGGCGGUCGGGCCUACUCCGGCCAUCACGUGGCGUAAGGACGGCGUGCUGCUGAGCGCUGUGGUGGACGAGCGGCGGCGACAGCUGGCUAACGGCUCGCUGCUGGUGCAGAACGUGGUGCACUCGCGGCACCACAGGCCUGACGAGGGUGAAUACCAGUGCCUCGCCACGCUGGAUGGACUGGGAAGCAUCGUGAGCCGGACCGCCAGGGUCACUGUGGCAGGUCCGCUAAAGGUAGUCGUCCCCACAGAGUCUGUCUCCUCGUACCUGGGCGACACCGCCCUGCUGCGCUGCGAGGUAUCGGGUGACCCGACGCCCAUCAUCCGGUGGCAGAAGAACCGGGAGGACCUGCCACUGACCUAUGACACUGACUCCCGAAUGGCGGUGCUCCCGUCUGGCUCCCUGCAGGUUAGCCGCGUCCAGCCGCCGGACUCUGCUACGUAUCGCUGUCUGGCUGACAACCCCGGCAGCACCAGGACGGGGACGGAUGCUGAACUCCGAGUGCUCCCAGAGCCCGGUGUGAGCAGGAACCUCCAGUUCCUCCAGCGUCCAUCCAGAGUAACGGCUCUGCUGGGAACCGACGCCAUUCUGGAAUGUUCCGCCUCAGGAUACCCAACUCCCAGCAUCCAGUGGAGGAGAGGAGAGGAACUGAUCCAAAGCUGGAAUAAGAAGUACUCUCUGCUGGCGGGCAGCAAUCUGAUCAUCAGGAGCGUCACUGACGACGACUCUGGCAGUUACAGCUGUACAGCCACCAACAAGAACCACAACAUCACUGCGAACACAGAGCUGAGUGUGCUAGUUCCUCCUCAGUUCCUGAACUACCCGACCAACACGUACGCCUACGAGUCCACUGACAUUGAGCUGGAAUGUGCCGUGACGGGAAACCCGCCGCCAACCGUCCGCUGGGUGAAGAACGGAGAGGAAGUCAUCCCCAGCGACUACUUCCAGAUAGUGGAUGGCAGUAACCUGCAGAUUUUGGGUCUGGUGAAGUCAGAUGAAGGAUUUUAUCAGUGUGUCGCUGAAAACUCUGCUGGCAGCUCGCAGGCGAUGGCUCAACUGCUGCUGCGAGAGCCAGUGUCCCCCAGCCCAGGCGUUGCCCUCCCCUCUGCCCCCCGCGACCUGGUCCCUGUCCUAGUGUCCAGCCGAUUUGUCCGACUCAGCUGGCGCCCCCCGGAGGAGACCGGAGGAUCUGUACAGACCUAUGGCGUUUAUUACUCCCAGGAUGGAGUCGAGAGGGAGCGGUCAGUGAACGUGUCCGAGCCAGAGUCUUUGGAGCUGACAGUUUCCAACCUGAAACCAGAGGAAAGCUACAGCUUCAGGGUCAUCGCUUACAAUGACGUCGGGCCAGGAGAGAGCUCCGCCCCCCUGAGGAUCACCACCAAACCUGACCUCCAGGUUCCCAGCCGGGUGGAGUCUCUGCGAGCUGAUGCUCUGUCUCCGACCUCCGUCCAGGUGAGCUGGGAGGCUCCCAGCCAACCAAACGGCCCCGUCCUGGGCUACAGACUGCUGUGGACUGAGAGCCCAUCGGGCAAGGAGCAGAGUGUGGAGGUGAAUGGACUCAGCUACAAGAUGGAAGGACUGAAUAAGUUCACAGAGUACACUGUUCGGGUUUUGGCCAUCAACCGCUACGGACCGGGCACCACCUCAGAGACCGCCAUCGUCACCACCCAAUCAGAUGUACCCAGCGCUCCUCCUCAGAAUAUCACCUUGGAGGUUGUCCUGUCCAGGAGCAUCAAGGUGUCAUGGCAGCCACCUCCGCGCAGCGCCCAAAACGGCAUCAUCACCGCUUACAAGAUCAAAUACAGAAAGACCGGUCGCCGUGGAGACCAGGAGGCCAUAGAACCCAACAACUUCUGGUAUUUGUUCACAGGUCUGGAGAAGGGCAGUCAGUACAGUUUUCAGGUAGCAGCCAUGACGGCCAAUGGAACGGGUCCAGCCAGCGACUGGUACACCGCCGAGACGCCAGAGAACGACCUGGACGAGAGUCAGGUGCCCGACCAGCCCAGCUCUCUGCACGUCAGGCCGCUUCCGAACAGCAUCAUCAUGUCCUGGACUCCCCCGCUCAGCCCCAACAUCCUGGUGCGAGGUUACAUCAUCGGCUACGGAGUGGGAAGUCCUUACGCUGAGACGGUCCGAGUGGACAGCAAGCAGAGAUACUACUCCAUCGAAAACCUGGAACCCAGCUCGCACUAUGUGAUUUCCCUGAAGGCGUUCAAUAACGCUGGAGAAGGAGUUCCUCUGUAUGAGAGCGCCGUCACUCGAUCUCUCACCGACACCAGCACUCCUAUGAUCCCCCCUGUGGGGGUCCAAGCUGUGGCUCUCUCCUCGGACUCGGUACGCGUCUCCUGGGCUGACAACUCCAUGACCAAGAACCAGAAGUCAUCCGAGGUCCGCUACUACUCCGUCAAGUGGAAGACCAGCUACUCCACCAGCGGCAAGUACAAGUCUGCAGACACCACAGCGCUCAGUCACACCGUCAAUGGCCUCAAACCAAACACCAUGUACGAGUUUGCUGUCAUGGUAACCAAAGGUCGCAAGUCCAGUACCUGGAGUAUGACUGCACACGCCACCACAUAUGAAGCAGCUCCUAGCUCCGCCCCCAAAGACCUGACAGUGAUCAGUCGUGAAGGACGACCCCGCGCUAUUUUAAUCAGCUGGCAACCGCCGAUGGAGGCUAACGGACGAAUCACAGGCUACAUCCUGUACUACACGCUGGAUAAGAACAUGCCAAUAGAUGACUGGGUGAUGGAGACGAUCAGCGGCGACCGGCUGACCCAUCAGGUUGUCGAUCUGAACCUCGAUACGGUUUAUUACUUCAGGAUUCAGGCCAAGAACGCCAAAGGAGUCGGCCCACUGUCUGAGCCCAUCCACUUCAGGACCGCCAAAGUGGAACAUCCAGACAAGAUGGCCAAUGAUCAAGGUCGAGGAGGAGACCACACCUACUGGCCUUCUGAUAACAACCUGAUUGACAGGAGCAGCAUCAACGAGUCUCCCAUUGGUCAGAUGCGCCCCCCUCAUGGCAGUGCCACUCCUCAAAAGAACAGUAACCUCCUGGUCAUCAUUGUGGUUUCUGUGGGAGCCGUCACCGUGGUCGUGGUCGUCAUCGUGGCGCUCAUCUGCACCCGGCGCUCCUCCGCCCAGCAGAGGAAGAAGAGAGCGAGCCACAGUGCCAGUAAGAGGAAGGGCAGUCAGAAGGACCUGCGACCUCCUGACCUCUGGAUCCAUCACGAGGAGAUGGAGAUGAAGAACAUGGAGAAAGCUCCCAGUGUUGCCCCGUCUGGACACGACUCACCCAUCCAGUCCUGUCAGGACCUCCCCCAGGUCGCCCACAGCCAAUCAGAGAGCCAGAUGGGCAGCAAGAGUAGCCACUCAGGAGCAGACGGCGACGAGGCGUCCAGCAGUAUCUCCACUCUGGAGCGCUCCCUGGCUGCCAGGAGGGGAACACGAGGCAAGAUGAUGAUUCCUAUGGACUCACAACCAAGCAACACACCGGUGGUCAGUGCCAUCCCGGUGCCAGCUCUGGACUCCUCUCAGUAUCCUGGUAUCUUACCGUCACCUUCCUGCGGCUUCACUCACAACAAGUUCAGUUUGAGACCAAUGCCCUUCCCCAGCCUGACAGUGGACAGAGGAUACACACCAGCGAUGCCCUCAGACACCUCCACCAAUCCUCUCCUCCAGCAGCAGCCUCCACCACAGCAGGCCCCUCCCCUCCUCCCUGGCUCCUCUGCCCCUCCUGGAGACCAUGUUCCAGGGGUUGGCCCGGUCCCCGGGGCCCCUGCUGCCACCGCCUCUGCUGAGGAAGCUCAGGCCGCUAGCAGUCGGACCAUCCCAACGGCCUGCGUGCGGCCCAGCCACCCGCUACGAAGCUUCACCAACCCGCUGCUGCCACCACCCAUGGGGACCAUCGACCCUAAGGUGUACACCUCCAUGAUGCCACAGUCCAGUGCGAGCCUCCCUAAGCCCCAGGUGAAGACAGCAUCUCUUGGUCAGGCCGGUAAGGCUCGCUCCCCUCUGCUGCCCGUCUCAGUCCCCACGGCGCCGGAUUUACCAGAGGAGGGAGGAACAAAACCUGCAGAGGAUUCAGCUGCCAACGUUUAUGAGCAGGACGACCUUUCAGAGCAGAUGGCCAGUCUAGAGGGGCUGAUGAAGCAGCUCAAUGCCAUUACCGGCUCUGCCUUCUAACCUCUGACCCCGGCCCCAGCCCAGCCCUCAGCCACGGUCCAGUCUGGAACCCUUCUUCAAGCCGUGAUGUCACCUGCUGUCCAUUCGCUAACGGAGGCAACAGGUCAAUCUGGGUUUGAAGAUGCCUAUGGGGAAUCAGACUUCCGUCUGUGCUGGGUUGAGUUUUUUUGGUUUCUACUGGUCUCGGCUAGUUUGGGACCGGGACUGGAUAGAAACUGAGCAUAAACGCUACAGCAGCACAGCAUCAACUCCAAGAACAGGACGAUGGUGGAGGGGCUCUUUAGGGGUUCAACUUGAAACCCCUCGAGGCCCUUCAACCUCAAAAACAAAACUAGAAAAACCCAAUGCCCAGCGCCUCGACUUAAUGAAACAGGAGGAAGGGAUUAUAACAAAAAAAGAAGACAUAAUUCUACAAUCCCUCCUGUUUCUCUUCUUUGUGGUAUUUAUUAGCAUCCUCCUCCGCUGAGUUCUCCACAACUCAGUUACUGUGACCGUACCUCACUUAUUUUUCAUUAUUGCCGUUGGGGUAUUCCUUUUGUCUUCUGUUUUUUGUUUGGGUAUUUCAAAUUUGUGCAGUUACAGGAUGUGUAUAUGGUUUGAAAAUGCUACGGGAACCUACAGUAAGAACACAUCCUCAGCCACCAAAGUUUCACCAAAACUUUUUUUUUCUCACCUGGAUCCAAGGUUGCCUGUUGUGGUGAUGCGAGGUGAUUCACGGUUGCCUCGCCGCCAUUUGUUUCUUUUUCCUCGGUAUCGCUUUCUUUUUUUUCCUCUCUUGAGCAAAAUAGUAUGAUUUCACCAAACGAACCAUCACCUUUAACCCAUGCAGCCCUUCCACCUCUGGAUCCUGCGGUUUAAAAAAAUAAUAAAGGGAUUAAAAAUGGGAUUUUGGCCAGUGAGAGAACCUGCUAGACCAGUCGAAAUCGUCUGGAUCUGGAUCCAACCGACUCUUCUCUUACAAGACUGUAUAGAAACCUCUAUAGACUCCCACAGUCUGUUGCUGCUCUUGACCAAGCCUUUACUCUCCCUUACCCAGACGAACUUCAGUCUUCACCUUCAAGGACACGUGUCGUUGCCAAAUUCUCAUCUUGGAAUAGUAACUUUCUUGGUUUUUGUUCUUUGUUCAAGUCUGUCUCCGUCUCAAACGUGGACUGGAAGUCAGUGAAAAAAGUAAAAUGAUCUGGAUGGAACAAAUUGUACUGGAAGCCUGGAGUGGGAUUGGUUCCAGACAAACAAAGUUGGCUCUGAAUGGUAUGUGGUGAUUGGUCAUUUUGAGAAACGUGUUCAGAUUUACUCUUAACACCUUGUUCACAAUUCGUCACGUUGCACUGUUUGUAGGUAAGUCAGUGCAGCAUCGCCCCCUGCUGGUUGGAGUAUUAAAGAAGGUUAAAGGUUUGAAAUGGAGAAAGAUUAAGUGAAGACUAUGCUGUUGGCUUUUUGGACAUCUGUUCAUGUUUACAUUUUGAAUGCACAUCCAAGAUAUUCACUGAAGCAAAGUUAUGGAAAAAGAUAACAUGAGCACCACCAAAACCUUUUCUUGAUAUCUUGUGAAAGAGAUAAUUGAGUUGUGAUCACAAGACAGCAGUUUGUCAUCUCAAUAGAUAAUUAAACCGUUAUCUUUGGAUCAAGGUCUUAAUUAUAAGAUCGUCUUGUUUUCUUAAGAAAACAAAUUAAGUUUGUCAUCUUGAGAUAACAAGAUCAUUAAGUCGGGAUCUUGAAAAAAAUGAUACACAUGUACAUAAUUAGCAAGUAUGGCUGGUUUCUGCCUUCAUCAAAUAAAACAGCCUCAAGAGGGUGCUGUGAGGGUCCUGUCAUAGUGGAAAUUUGGCAAUAGUCAAUUGUGAGGGAGGUGUUACAGCAACAAAAUCAUGGAUAUUAUUGGUAUUAUUAUUAUUAUUAUUAUUAUUAUUAUUAUUAUUAUUAUUAUUAUUAUCAUUAUUAUUAUUGAGAUUAGAGAUGGUAGUGGGGCAGCUGAUGAUGAUAAUAGUGAGUGUGAUCUCUACCACUGUUUAUUUUUACACUUUGUGCAGUUUCAGUAUAUGUUUGACUGAAGGUGAGUGUGUUGUAUUUGGGCCUACGUUUUAAUGAAUUUCAUGUUUACUUUUCAUGAGAUAAACCCACAUGUACCUCUGUCGACCUUGAUCGUCCACAUGGGAAAACUGUAAAACCGCCAGCUUCACUUUGAGUUUACUUCAGGGGGUUCUGUUUUUUAUACAAAAUUAAGGAGAAAAAAAAACGAAAAAACACAAAUAUAAACACAAAUAAUGCAUAUUCCACAAAGUAUAUUUUUACAUUUGCUGUCCUGUCAGAACUGUGUUUUUUCAAAUCAGGUUUUUUUAAACACAUUUCCACAGAGAGCUACUUUACAAGGUCAUGAACCGCCAUCAAAACCGAUAACUUGCAGCCUUUGAAAGCAUCAAACACAGUUAAAUGUUAUUCAAAAUUCAAUCAUUAAGUGGUAUGAGGAGAAUCUUUAAUGCCAUUUUUUUAGUUUUAAUAUAAGCUGAAUCCAACCUGCAGCAUUAUGGCGUCAGGGUGACCUUUUUACAUGAGGUCAGUCAGGAAGACAUAGCAGAGAGCAUCCACCUGUCAGUUCUUGUCAGUUUUGACAGGAGGAAACAGUGUGAGAUUAAAUGGGUUGUUAUGGGAGGUUUGGAUUUUGUUGCUGCAGUGAAGUAGAGUGAGCAAGGUGUACACUGUUAAAAAAAAAAAAAAAAGAAAGAAAUCCUAACAAGUUGGUCUGUUUUUGAGUCUUAUGGUUGUGUUUUCAGUUUAUUGAUCCACCAGUCGUCCUUUUUUAUAUAAUAGUGCAGCAAUCUGCCAAAUUCUGCCAUUUUUCAAAAUAUCAAACCUCAUUUCCACAGAUUUCCUGACUCGAGAGAGACAUAAUUGGGCAUAAGUGGAAUUACCCCCCCCCCCUUUCAGGAAAACUCAAUUAGGAGGCCAAGUAUGUGACUGAACGACUUGUGAAGACGGAUCUUUUUUGUAGUGUGCAGAAAAGCAGGAAGAAAAAAACUCCUCUUUCAACAUAAAAUGACAAAUGAUUCAUUAAUCAGCUGAGGUGAGAAAAAAAAAACCCAAAAAAAACGGGCCAUCAGUAUGCUCCAUAUUUAACUGUGUCACCCGAGUCACCAUAUUGUAAUUUACAGACCUUUAUCUUUCUGUGAUGAAAGUAAAAAAAAGCCUGAGGGAGACAGAGAGAGUGGAGGCAGAGCAGGUGAAUUGAUAUUCAGAGGUGGUUUGUAUGUGCGAGCAGGGCACGGAGGAAUGAGGCUGGGAAUUCAUUAUAACGCCGUUUCGAAUAUUAUGAUUCAAGCUCACGCUCGCUGGGCCGUUACAGCGGCGCGGAAAAUUCCCGGGGACGGAGGGGAUGGAAAGGUAACGUCUCUGCAGUACGAGCAUGGGGAUGAAAGGUGAGGGAACGCAGGCAGGCGGCCGGUGUGGGGAUCAAACUCAUCAGGGUGUUCUGGGAGAUACAUCCAGUCUAAGCCCAGUGCUUUCAUUCUGCUCCGAGUCGCUCUUCUCUUCCUCCUUCAGAAGGCAGAAUGAUGGAACGAUCUAACACUGCUGGGCGAGAUGGGAAUUUGAUUUAAAGAAAGAAAAUCAGAUUUUAACAGUGAAUGCUAAAUUAAAUGGGGCUGUUGACACAAGAGAUUUCUUCUUUUUAGUGUCAAAAGAGGAAAGAAAGAUGAAAGCAGACAUAAUGAUUAGAGUUAAAGGUUCAUGGUGGUUUUGCACGUUUCAGACUAUUAAAUUUAAAUGAUAUUAAAUAUCUUUUUAAAAGUACAGCUUAUCGUUUUCCAAAUCAUCCAUGAGUUCUCAGCAGCCAUUGGUGUCAAUUCAUUACUAUGAAAAUCAACUUGCAGAGACUUGAAACUUAUAUUCACAGUUGGAGGUCACAGAUGUAUGUUAUCACUGUUUUUACAUUCAAAUAAAUCUGGUGCUUUGUAGGUGGAGACGUCAUCUUCCUGUGCCAGAGCCAGAAAAAUAACAACAAAAAUAUCCACCAAAAAUCUUUAGGUUUAGGUUUAUUGACAAAACUAAUGUAUUAUAAAACGCAAUGCAAUAUAUCAUACUUUGUCAGGGAUAGAGUGAUAAAGUCCAUCAACCAGUAAACAUGAUGGAGUUCAUUGUCUGACAUCAAGAAAUAUUACAAUAUAAGCACUAAACAUAGAUAACUGAAUCCUAAAAACAAAAACUAGAUAAAGAUAAAAUAAAUUUGGAGUGUUUCCGUGUAAUAGCAGCAUGACUCAUCAAUUUUUCUGCUACUAGAAGUUUCAGCUUUUUAGUAAAAGCCCAAUAGCAAGAACUAACAGCACAGCCAGAAUAAAACUGGACCAGACAGGAGGAUAAUAUCUUGAACUGUGUAUGUAAAGUAAGUCUGCCUUCCUGGCUGGAUAUGUAAUUACUUUGCUAAGUACUUGUCAACAGUGGCUGAGAUCUAUGCAGCUGUACAGGUUGUUGUAAGUCGAGUUAUAGAAGUGGCAACUCUAGGAAAUCUUAAGUAGCAGAGCUGGGAGUAAGUCACACAUGUGCAAGUCACGAGUCUAAACCUUCAAGUCUCAAGCAAGUCACAAGUUACUGUGGUGAGAAUCAAGCAAGUCAAGUCAUACGAAACUUGUAAAUCUUACCGAUAUAUAACAUUUUGUGGCAAUCAAUAACAAGCCUCCUAAAUGAACAACAAUGCAGAGUGGGGCUCUGAAAUUAUAAUAUAGCUGUGUUAGCUAGUAAUGUGCCCGCAUAGUUUAACUGGUUAUAUGGCCCUGAAUCAGUCCCCCGACUGUCUUUUACAUUAACAAUGUCUUCUCAAUAGUAUGCAUAAUCAAUUCAAAGCCAAGUCUAACAUAGCUUAAAUUUACCAUUAGCUUUCUAUCUAAUGUUUGACCAACCAAUAAGUUUCUUUGUGGGUUUUGUUGUGACGGAUGAAGUUGGAUGUUGUGGUGGUCAUUAGGUAGACAUAACAAACCUUAGGUGAACUGCUCCUAGCAACAAUCAUGGAGAUGUAUAUCCAAUCAUCGGAUCUGUCAGUCAAACUGAUUGGUUUGGCCAAACAGAAGAGAAAAUGGAUAACAUGAACACAAUGUCAGACUGAGUAAUGAGAUGAAAACUAGAUUCAGUCUCAUUUUCAAACUAUUCUUAAUUGCUUCAGAUAUAAUCUGAACAUUUACUUUAUUUUAGUUGACGUUACAUGGUCAUGUUGUGCAGCAGGGACUGUUUUAAAAACUCUCCUUGUUGGUGCAUUCAAAGAUAUUCUGACAUUGGAGAUUUGAGAGUCACAGUUUGCUUCCAGCAACGGGACGUUUCAACAGUCAAACCUCACAAGCAUCAGCAAAGAGUGUUUUAAAAAGUGACCCUGCUCUUAACCACAUGACAGCGUGAUAGUUAACUAAAUGUUAUCUGUGAUGGUUUAUGUGACUGCAGCAGUUUUUCAAAUAAAGUUCUUCACAGUCACAACAGUUCCUCCUAACCAAACUUUAGAAAUAUAUUCAGUAUUUUGGACUCAUGGAGACCUGUAGUUUCUCCAGAUUGAUUUUCAUAGAAAUCAACAAACCAGAGGUUGUUUUAAUCUAAAAGCUGAGGGAGGAUUUUGAAAAUGAUGAGUUUGGCUGCCAAGUUCAAAAACGUUCUGUGAAAUAAAACAUUAAAUAACACCACUUUGGUCCUUUAAGUUCAAUAUGGGACAUUUCACUACCGUCACAUUGAGGAGCAAGUUCUUAGCAAACAGUGCGGUCACAUCCAAUUGGCUGAUUAAUCUAACUAAUAUUAAUGGAUGAUAUUUCCCUGCAGCUCUCAAAUGAUACUGAUCUGAAAUGAAAUGAAUUUAAUUGACUGUUGAUUAUUGACUUUAAUAAUUCUGUCAUUCAUCAGACUGGUCUUUCUGGUCUUUCCAUUCUUGAGGUGCCGUAAACACCAGCUCACAAUGUUUUAAACAUUUUAUUUAUCACCAUUCAUUUGCCCCUAAGAGUUUAUGUGCCUUUAACUUUUCACAGCAGGUUUUUUUUUCUCUGUAUUUAGUCACUUCAUUUGAAGUCUUUGUAAAAUGUUAAAAUGUGCUCUGUGCUGUGUUUAAUUGUUCUUCCGCACUGAGUCAACACAGAGAACAGAUGAGACGGUCUGCACCACCGAGGGUUUCUCCCGAAAGCGCUGCAUCCCUUUUAAACAGACUAAAAAGAAAAGCGGUUCUUUUUUACUUCAGUGGCACAGAUGCAGUGUUCCAGCAGCUGUCUAGAAACAGAGAGACACAUCAGACGUGCUAAAUCUAGUGAUGACAAGGAUCAUGCUGUACCUGAAAUAUCACAGAUUGGAUCCACAAAGCAGCCAAUACGUCCAUCAAAAUGCAAGAUACCAAACUCCUGUUUCCUCAGCGACUCAUUUUGUAAAAAAUAUCCUUCCUUGCAAGUCAUUCAGUCUCAUAUUCAGCCUAAAAGAUAUUUUUCUUCAGACAAAAAAUAACUUGUUGGUUGAGUAAGAUUUAUUUAUUUUAAUUUGUGUGUAAAUAACUUGAAGUAAGAAUGAUCAGAGCACCACAGUUUAAGAAGAUUAAAGUUAAAGUUAAUUGUUAAUUAUUUCACGUAUUAGAGAAAAUAAGAUUUUCUUUCUCAAUAUUCAAGUGUCGGGAUUCAAAAAGAUUUUUUUGCAGCGUGCUGGGAAAAUGAUCUUGGCUAAUUAUCCAAAAUAAUAACAUUAAAUUGAUCUAUUUAUAAAUAGGAACCGAAGCAUUUGCUGCUUCUUCAGUAAAUAACAAAAGGAACAAUAGAGAGAGAGAGAGAGCAGGAAGAUAUAUCUGUGCCACUGAUAAGAUUUCACAGAGAAUCAUCAUUUUUAUGAAGAUAUUUCUUUGCCAGACAGUUGCAGGAAAGUAACAUCUACGUCAUUGAUGUUCACAGUUAAAGCACUGACCAUGAGUCAAACUGUCUGUGGUGACAACACCAGCUGCCAUAGACCAGCCCACAGCAGACGGACAUUUCAGUAGCCGCUUUCCUCCAGUACUGCAGGCUCUUUAACCCUUUGGAAGACCAUUUUGUUUUGUUUUUUUUGGUCAUAUUUUAGUCCAUUCAUGAGUGGUACUAAUGAUGUGGUUACUGCAAAUUAUUUUCCAAGACAACUCAAAGGUUUUUGUUCAAAGUGUUCCUUUUAUGCAGCCACUUGUUUCCAGUAUGAAAAUCAACUUUUAGAGCGUUUUCAAACCUACAAAUGGUGUGCUCUGGUCUGAGUCAGUGGAUGAAACAGCAAACUAGUUGUGUUUUCCUCUUGGUUUGGUUUCUUUUCUCAAAGAAAAAAUUCAAGCCAACCAAAAUGCAUCUUUUAAAUCCACGAGAACGUUCAUUAACAGAAACACAAGAAGAAGGUCCCUUCUGCCCAAAUAUCAAGCAGGCAACUAUGUUGCUAGUCCAGGUUAGCUAGCUGCUAGCAACUAUUGAUUUCACUCAUCCAUAUCCCAGUAUGCAAAGCAGGCUUGGCUACAGGUAUGUCUUGUAGUUGAGUCGGAUCGAGAUCAGACACGUUCCCACUGCAAAUUAACUGCUCCAGAAUUCGUUUGUGACCGGACUGAGAUUUCUUCCUCUAAAGGGUCUCGCGGAGGUUGUUUUGCUCCACAACUGAGUACGAAGACUGUGUUCAGAUCUGCCCAAAAAUAUCAUACCAAGGGGCAAAGCCAACCAGAGUUAUAAUCAACCAGACUAAACAAUGCAGGUUUGAAAAUGUCCUUAAAGACCUUAUGUGACACCCUUAUAUGGUUGCAGCUGAAGAGAUUAGCAAUUAUUCAAAAAAAGGAAAUUAAUUGGCAACAAUUUUAUUUUGGUGAUCUGUUAAUCAUUUAAGUAAUUUUUCAAGCAAGAAUGCCAAACAUGACCUUGUUCCAGCAUCUCAAUUAUGAGGAUUUCUUACAGAUAUCUGAUAGUAAACUGUAUGUCUUUGCGUUUUAGCCUGUUGGUCUGAAGAACCAAGCAGUGUGAAGACAUUACACUGGACUUUAGGAAAUUGUGAUGGACUUUAUGCACUUUUCUGAUAUUUUAUAGACCGAACAAUUAGCGAUACAAUAAAUGACUGAUUAGAUGAUAAUGGAAAAUAAUUUAGUUGCACCUUUGCUCAAUUUUGUUACUCUUGUGUAGUAUAAAAACCAAUCAGCUCUUACUACUAUUACCGCGCAACAGAUACAUGACUUUGAUAAGAAUAAAUGCAGAGUUGAUCAGUGAUGUAUGAGCUCACUCCAAGUCUCUCCAGCCUGAUUUUCACAGAAAUAAAUUGAAAGCGAUGGCUCUCUGAAGGAAAGGGAAUCAAUCUAAAAACUGAUGGAAUGAUUUGGAAAAUGGAAAGUACAGUGUGUGCGUUGUAGUUAAUGGGCUGAAACAUUCGAAAUAAAUAAAAGUAUAGUUCUUUAACUAAUGCCAGAACAGACAUAGAUCCACCAUUCUCCCAAAAUGAAGUAAUCCCACCAAAGCGUAACAUUAAAAAAACAUUCAACUUCAUCACUCACUGCGAGUAAAAUAUUAAACAUCCAGUCGGCGAUGAGGUCGUCAGCUAUGAACUAAAAGUUUAGUUGUCUAUAAAGGGAAGUAUGAGGGGACUUGUGUUUCAUUUUGAUCAGCUCAGAUGUGUAUUUUUUUUUUUUCUUUUGGUUAAACUUAACAUAAUGAAUCUUGAACCAAACUUCUGGUCUCCAUCUGGAUAUGAAGGUUUGUCUUCAACAGUCAGACCCCGGCCUUUAACAGACACAUAUUAGGAGUCCUUCUUGUUUUUUUUUCUUGUUGGCUCUACAUGUGUAUUUUACUGUGGAGAAGCGUUGCUGCAGCAGAACUACAUUACAGAACGCUGCUUUUUUACAGUGUACAGUUCCACUAGAGUAGUAGUAACUUUUUAUAAUCAAAUUUAAUAUAUUAUUAUUAUUAUUAUUAUUAUUAUCACUUUAUUUUGAGUGCUCUUUAAAACUAUUAUUUAUAACCGUGUGAUAUUUCUGAAAAUGUAAAUUUAGUUUAGCAAAGAACAAACUGAAAAAAAGGACUGAAGCGCCGUUCAGACUUUUUGUUUUCUCUUUUCUUUUCGUUUGUUGCCUUAAAUUGUUCUGGUAUUUUUUAAAAUACUAUUGUAGAAGGAUUAUUUACAUUUCUUAAUCGUUCACCACCAAAAUGGUUCAUUCUGACUACACACAGUCACCACUUUCUGUUUAUUUUAGUCAAAAAUCUGUAGAUUGAGGCUACGAUCACAUCUAUGCAGUUAUCCUUUAUAACAAUAACCUGUAUAUACAUGAGAGACAUAUCCCGAGGGGUUUGUAACUUAGUUCUUAAAUAGAUGUUUUGUAGCCAAGAGUUUAGGUUUGAUGCCUCAUCUGCCAUCUGGAGCCAGGAAAAAGGGUAACUUAACACAUGGCUCAAAAGCUUUUACAUGUGACCACAGUGAUGUCAGAGGGUCCUGAAGUACACCUGUGCAUCACUGGGUGUGAGAAGGUACCCUUUAAUCUGGGUUAAAGAAGGCGAGGCAUGGAUCUUAAAUCUUGCCCCAGAUAGAUCAUCUAUCUGACUCUUUUAGGGACUGUUCUGGUACGUUCGGAGAUGCUCUGACAUCAGAGAUUUUACAAUCAGGCCAGAGAGAAUUUAUAUUUACCUUAGUUCAAUGUCCAUGUUUAGUUAUUUGUCUUCUGGGUUUGAUUUUCUAAUGAAUGCUAUUUGGACCCUCUAAAAAAAACCCAAAAAAAACAGGAUCCCGACCAAUACUAAAUGUUUGAGGCUGAAACUGAUAUAUAUUAGAGAGUUUAAACAAUCUGACAAGGAUAUAUCAACCAUUUUUAAAUACAUUUUUUGAUAAGGAUUACUUAAAUUUGGUUAUUUAAAAAUUGUGACCAAGGUAUGUGCUGAGUCGGACAUUGAAAAAUAAACUUGUCAGUACUCUGGACAAACUAAUGGAGACACUGUUUCCAAAUGAUACAUACAUUUUUGGCAUUUCUGCGCUUGCAUUUCCUGUUACCUAUUGGCUGGCAUACAGAUAAAUACUGAUAUAUUGGUGGUAAUGUAAUAUCAGCACAGCCAAUUCAUCAGUCAGGCUCUAAAAGCCCCUACUAUUAUUCUCUAUAAAGAGAAGAUGAUUGUGAGUUCUCAGCCGUUUGAGCAUCCUUGAAUGCAUCACCAUGUUUAAAAACAGUCCUCUCAACUGCAUUAGGACACAAUAGCAUAUCUUUGACCACAAAAGUCAAAUGGCUGCCUGGAAGGUAGGAAAUCAAUGUCAGUGUUAUUAGUAAAAUGCUCCACGGUAAAGUACAGGUGAGAUAAAUGUGAUUUGUAGUUAAUGGUCUAAAACAUUCAGAAACGCACCAGGAUGCUCCAACACUUCGUCCUCUGUCAGUGGAGACUCUAGUCCUUGUGAACUCGUCCUGUGGUGACUGUGUGAAACUCAGAAACACCAACCAGACCUGAUAAGGUGGAAACUGGGGAGGCUCAGCUCCCGCAUUUCAAAGGGAAACUCGACUUCAUUAACUUCUUUCUUUGGGCGCUUCACUCCUGUGUGGGAACCACUGAGGAUCAAAAAAGGGACAAAUUACAUGGUCAAAAAAAAAGAAAAAAAGAAGGGGAAAAAAAAGACAAAGUGAAGUUGGUCAGGGAUGUGCUGACUUUGAAAGUGGCCUGAUGCUGGUGUGAAAUCGACUCUGUCAGUUCCAGCAGAGACACUUUCGGGCCGAUAGCUAACAAAAAGAAAAUAAUUGUGUAGGAAAAAAAAUUUCUUAAAAUGAUUUGGACCUCAUCUCAUUGGGGUGAAAGGGGCCAAAUUAAAAUGGCCCUUAUCUCCUCUCACACAGACAAUUACUUCAUUUCCAGAACAUCAUUGUUCGACAGAGGAGCCUGCAGACGGGAUGGCUCUGAGUAAAUACAGUUUGACUUCAUCCUUUAAAAAAAAAAAAAAAAAAAAGCCUAAUCCUCGAGUCAUUAUAACCAAAUUAGCUUAGUGACUGCAAUAUUUAAGAGUGUACAUUUUGUUCAUUUGAGUGAGGGGGAGGAAAGAUGAUGACGACGGUGAAGAUGAUGUAUCUCAGAUUAAGUAAAGCGAAGUUUCUAUCCACAAUGUUGUAUACAAUUGCUGGUUUUGUAAUGCACUGUAGAACAGUCCCAUGGUCCUUUUUUAUAGAAAUGUUAUUUCAAUGGUGCAUUCUUUUUGUUUGAUAAAUAAAGUUUUGAUACAAAAGCAAA